AUGACUCUGAUACUGAUUUACUUGGCAGGAAAAUCUGUUGAAGAGGUCUUGAGCGCAGCAGGCGUUGACUUCCGUCCCGAUGACCCAAGUCUACCAUGCCUGACCAUCCGCAUGUGGACUAUUGGUAUCGCUUUCUGCCUCGUGGGCAGCGGUGUCAACACCCUCUACACCCUGCGCUUCCCAUCCGUUAGCUUGUCCCAAUCGGCUAUCCAGUUCCUAGCCUACCCCAUUGGCAAGGCGUGGCAGUACGUCGUCCCAGACUGGGGCGUCACGGUGUUUGGCCAGCGCCACAGCUUGAACCCAGGUCCCUUCAACUACAAGGAAAAUAUGCUCAUCUACAUCCUGGCAAACCUAAGCUUCCUCACCCGUCUUAGUGCUGAUGUCCUGACCGAGCAGCGCGUUUUUUACGGCCUACAUGCCGGCUGGGGGUUUGAGCUCCUCGCUACGCUGACCACCAUCCUCUAUGGCUUCGCUCUAGCAGGACUGGGCCGUUCGCUUGUAGUUGAGCCGAAAGACCUUGUAUGGCCUGGCGUUUUGGGCAACACGGCUCUCAACGCGGCGCUGCACUCAUCCCGUAAGGAGGAAGUGGAAGGAACGGUCUCCCGCUAUCGAUUCUUCCUCAUGGCAUUCAUGGCCUCCUUUUGCUGGUAUUGGCUUCCAGACUUUCUUUUCCCAGCCUUGGGCUACUUCACUUGGGUUUGCUGGAUAGCCCCGAAAAGCCCUGUGGUCAACCAGAUCUUUGGUAUGAAGAGCGGCAUCGGGCUUUUGCCCUUCACCUUUGACUGGAGCCAGAUCGCCUACAUCGGAUCACCUCUGGUUGUGCCAACCUGGGCCAUCCUCAACGUUCUGGGUUCACUCGUGCUCUGGAUCUAUGUCGUCACUCCAGCCCUCUACUACACGAACACAUGGUGGUCUGCAUAUCUGCCUAUGCAGAGUAACUCGAUCUACGACAAUAUGGGCCAGGUCUUUAACGUCUCCAAGGUAAUUAACAAGCGUGAUGGUUUUGCAUUCGACCUCGAAAAAUACCAAGACUACUCUCCUAUCUAUCUUCCUGUCACUUAUGCCCUCAACACAUUUGGUCUUGCGUUCGCCACCAUCUCUUCGCUCUUUGUCUGGCUCUUCCUCGAAAAGCGCCAGGAGAUCGCACUCGCCUUUAGAACAACGUUCCACAGAGACGGACAUGACCUAUCAGCCAAGGAUGGACCGUCUCGCCAGAAACUCCAGCCUCAGUACGAAGAAGUCCCGGCAUGGUGGUACGGGGCGGCGGCUCUCGUGGCCCUGGGUGUCGGUCUGUUCGCACACGAAUACUAUCCAGUUCAACUGCGAUGGUACGGAGUCAUAUUUGCAAUGGCGGUAUCCGCCAUCUUCUUCAUUCCAGUUGGUACCCGACGCGGGAGGAAUGUAGUUAAGCCCACCAAGGAAGAGGGGUACGUGGAUCUUGGACAGCCACUUGACCUGCGGGAAGACCCUCUUCCUCAAGAGGUGCACCACAAUUGGAAGAACAGCGCCGACGAGGAAGAACCAGAGCAGUGGUCUAUACAGUGCUCCCUCCUCGAAGAACCGACGGGGGCCAAGGGCUCCCCAGACCAUGCUACUGUUGAAAAAAGUGACGGAUACAAUUGUAGGAGAAUAGGUCGGGCACAAACAUUGCCGUAUAUACCGAGCUUCAGGUCUUGUGCAAAGGCCAGUCCCUUGAUGCCUGAAAUAUAUCCAACGUUGAAGAACCAGAUGUUGGCCAGAACCUUUCCUUCCCACACGCAAGCUUGUAUCUACAGUGAGCGGGAUGUAUGGUUGAUGCUUGAAGUGGAAACUCACUAUGGCAGCUGGGCCUUGUUCGGGCUUCUCUUUAGCGUGCUAGUCAAGCGCCGGAAGGAGCGCUGGUGGCGCCGCUUCAACUUUGUUCUGAGCUCGGCGUUGGACUGCUCGGUGGCUAUAGCUGGUAUUCUCAUAUUCUUUGCCGUAUUCUAUACUGGUGCAUCGAAGCACCUCUCUUGGUGGGGAACCAAUGUCUAUAAGAAUACUUGCGACUGGGAUGGUUGUCCCUAUAAGUCUGUGGAAGCAGGAAAAACUUUCGGUUCUUGA